AUGAGGGGAGAGAGAUCUUCCUUCUUCCGGCUGGGAGCCAAAAUGCCAGUAAUCACAGUGAAUAGGAAGCUCUUCCCAAAGGAGUACAGCACAGACUACGAAGAGAUCCUACGCAAGUUUGACGUGACCUACAUCAAUUACAAAACGAGACUGAGGAGCAAAGAAGAGAUAGACAUACGCGCCAUCGAUGACCUGUAUGGCCAAAUAUAUGACAGCAGCGUUUUGAAGAAGCAAUUCUAUUUUUUCCUUUACCACGACGAUAUAAACACAUGCCACAGAGUUUUAAAUGAAAAUAGGAACGUCCUAACUAGAGAGGAGUCCUUUCAAAUGCUAAACAGCUUGCCCUAUAUCUUUUUCAACCAUUUGAAUUACGUGUAUCCCACGGAGAGUAAUGUGGACCGAGUCCUCUCGCAGCUGGUGAAGACCUACAUAUUUCAGUACGCCAAUGAUAGGAACGUGGAUUUUUUGAAUUUCAAAUAUAAGUACAACGAGUUGGAUGACUACUGCCUGGGGCUGGAGCGCCAGUUCCUCGCGGGGGGAGUUAGCGGUGGGGAAGUUAGCGGCGGGGAAGUUAGCGGCGGGGAAGUUAGCGGCGGGGAAGUUAGCGGCGGGGAAGUUAGCGGCGGGGAAGUUAGCGGCGGGGAAGUUAGCGGCGGGGAAGUUAGCGCCGAGGUUACCAGUGGGGAAGACACCCACACGGGGGGUGGCAGCGGGGAAGACACCCACAUGGCUACCGCCAAAGUGGCUGACUCCAUCUACGAUGACGGGCGGGACACCAACUACGAGCGCAAGUACAGACACAUGUCCUACGACUACAAAAUCAUUGAGUGUACUAGCAAAUACAGGGAGCUCAUGGAGAGGUUCGGGAAGUACCCGCAGAGCGUCAAGGUGCAGAAGGUGCAGCUGCUCUACACCAAAAUAAUAAGCAUGAAGGCGAACAAGCUGUUCGAGGCCUUUAGGAAGCACGAAAGUGUCAAGCGGAACGAGGACAGGAAGAUCUACAGAAAUGCAAAGAUGACGUUGGACCCAGAAAAGCUAACCCCCUGUCUAAAUGAGCCGAUAAGGUACGACCCAAAGGAGAAACGAAGGGUGAACGAGCUGUUUCAUAAAUAUGUAGAGCAGAAAGACCUCAUCAAAGCCGCCCUCAUCAUAAGAAAACACACCAACCUGAUUGACACCAAGGAGAAGAAGAGCCAGCAAAUAAUGAAGGAGUUCCUGCGCCUACACGAAUACAUAUAUAAAUGCAACAAAUACAGUGAGGAACAACUGGCCCACUUGCGGAUGGUCUAUUAUUCCACUGUUCAGAAGCCGAGAGUCAUCCGGAAAAUUUGCGAAGUAGGCAUGUGGGAGCAGGGGGAAAACGCCACCCAUAAGGAGGUUUACGAAAGGCAACUAAAUGAGUAUUUAAAAAAGAGGGAAGCCCUACGGGAUGAGAGGAUGAAGAAGAAAAAUAUUGACAUGGACCAAAUACGGGACUUCAGUUCGGCCUACCCUAUGGAAUGGCUGCCUGUCCUCUACAAGGAUAUGUUUGAGCAGAUCGAGCGGGAAAAAAAUUCCAAAACUUUCGAGCGCAAGAGUGCCUUCAGCAAGAGGAGGGACUCCAUCAGGAGGUUGUUCUCCCCCGGGGGGGAACCGCGCGAAGAGCAGAGAGGCAGAGACGUAACACACGAAGAGCAAAGAAGCAAAGACGUAACACACGAAGAGCAAAGAAGCAAAGACGUAACGCACGAAGAGCAAAGAAGCAAAGACGUAACGCACGACCAGCAGAGAGGCAGGGACCCCACGCACGACCUUCUAAAUGUGAAGAACGAACUCAAGUUUGGCCGCAACGUCCUGAAUUACAAGAAGAAAAUUCUGGGCAAGAACAGGCGCAAGCGGGCCGAGGCCUCCAAGGGCGGCGCCUCCGGGGGGGGGAAGUCUGCCAAGGGCAGCGGGGACGCCACCGAGGGGGAUUCGUAA